UCUGAGAAUUGCUUCAAAAGAUCAAACACUUUUGAAGCUCCGAAGAGGACGACGAUGCCUCAAGUAUUUUUUCUAUAGCUGAGGUCUUCUUCCUCCCUCGCGGCACACUCAGUUAUUUUGCCCGUGCUGGUUUAGUGGACCCAGUAUUAUCCGGACCAGUGUCUGGUGGUCAUGGCCAAUACCACAGCCAAAGAUGCCAGGCACGUGAAAGGUGUCAAUCCGCAGCACCUUGUGGAAAAAAUCAUCAGAACUCGCAUCUACGAGUGCAAAUACUGGAAAGAGCACUGCUUCGCUCUCACAGCUGAACUAAUUGUGGACAAGGCGUUGGAUUUAGACUGUGUCGGAGGGGUAUAUGGUGGCAACAUCAAAGCGACAUCAUUCAUGUGCUUACUCCUGAAAAUGCUGCAAAUUCAGCCGGACAAAGAUAUAGUUGUGGAGUUCAUCAAAAAUGAGGAAUUCAAGUACGUGCGGUGUUUAGGCGCAUUGUAUAUGCGUCUUGUUGGAACAGCACUGGACUGUUACAAGUACUUAGAACCCUUAUACAAUGACUAUCGGAAGAUAAAGAGGAGAAACUCGGCGGGCCAAUUCGAACUGCUUCACGUGGAUGAGUUCAUCGAUGAGAUGUUGACUGACGAUCGUAUUUGCGAUAUCAUUCUUCCGAGAAUUCAGAAACGUCUGGUUUUGGAGCAAAGCGAACAGCUUGAACCACGGGUCAGUGCUUUGGAUGAUGACUUAGAUGAUGUGGAUGAUGCCGAGUUGGAGGAACUGGAGCGCGAACUGCGUGACUCGCCUCGACGAUCACUGACACCACCGCGUCGUGGCCGCCAAAGCCCACCCUCGCAUCGCCGCCGCAGCAGCAGAAGUCCGUCGCCCAGGCACAGGAGAAGAAGUCCUGAUGGCCGUCAUCACAGCAGAAGUAGGUCUCCAAGUCCACACUAUCGUGACCGUGCUGGUGACCGUGGCGACAGACACGACCGGCGCGAUCGUGACCGCGGUGACCGGGACCGAGACCGCCGUGACCGUGAUGAAGACCGCUACAAUGACCGUCACAACGACGACCGUCACAACGAUGACAAGUACGAGCGGCGGCAUCGUUCUGAUGAUCGACGAGACCGGGAUAGGGACAGGGACCGCGACCGAGAUCGUGACAGGCGUGACGAUCGCGACAGGGAUCGUGACCGGUACGACGACCGUGACAGAGACCGGUACGACGACCGUGACAGAGACCGCUACGAUAGUAGGGACAGGAGGAGAAGAUGAAGUCCGUCCUUUAGUGCAGCCAUGUAUGUCUGAGUGUGUGUGUUUGUGUUUGAAUGUGCGUGUGUGUGUGCGAGCGUCAGAGGGAGGGUGUGUGUGCCCGCGUUUUGUAUAGUUUGUUUACCAUUGCUAAUUUUGCUGACAGCCAAGUUCUCAACAAUAUCUUCACAUGUCCAUAAAAUUACUGCUUGUUCUUGUACAUAUUAGUCUCAACAUUCACUUGUACAUUUAAAACAUAUAGCAAUGCUCCAAUUUCAAUUUUAUCAUUUAGUUAUAAUAAGAUGGUGGGGUGAUGAUUGUAUACUUCCACUGUUUUGUAUAGCACAGACUUCUUCAUGUUGGAAUUCAUACCAUUCUGCAACACUGUAUUUCUGCUAGUUUUCAAUUACUGCUUCACUUGUAUAUUCGGUUCCCUCUUCUUCUUGCCUCGUGCGAUCUUAGGUUCUUCAGCAUUGUACAUAAUGACCAUGACCUUGGGGAAGCGACUUGAUCGUAGCUCCUUCUCUUGCCUCA